CUAACGGAAAAACAACUAGUCAAAUCUAAAAAAACCAGAAAAGUGUGGUUAACACUUGAAGCAGCUUGAAGCUUGUAGCGUGUGUUAAGCAAAGUAUAAACUGAUAAUAAACAAAAAAAUUGAUAAAAACUAACUGAAUGCAUGCCUGCAUACAAUGAGUUAGAAACUCCAAUAAAAAAUGAAAGAAACUACUUAAGCGUUAAGUUCGUAAUACCCGCGGGAGGCACACACCUUCCGUAUUUAAUUCUAUUAGCGCUCGGCAAUUGAAUAUUUGCAUAAAAGCCUUUUUAUGAACACGACGCACAGGAAGUGUGCAAGCAAUAAGUAAAUUUUCAAAAUAAAGAAUAAUACAAAAACAAGUGCACAAACAAAAUAAAACUUUAAAACCGCCGUCAAUAAAGUGUUUUCGGGGACGCACGCGCUCGUGAAAACUCAACUACAUUAAAAAUACAAAUAAAAAAGUUUAUGGCAAAAACAAAAACAACGCAGUGUUGGAAGUGAGUGUAAAAACGCGAAGGAGUGUACGUAAGCAAAGGAAAUAAAGCAAAAGCGCAGAGACAUUAAACACACGCACCAACGUCAGCCAGUCAGCGUUGCAGGAGUCACGCUCCGGCGCCACGGCCACCCAUUAGGCGUGUUAAUCCUUCGACAGCGACAGAGCAGCUAAGUUAAGUGACAGAAAGCAGCGGCUUUUAAUGGCACGUAAAUAAUGAAAGAGACCUAUGUGUAUUUAUAUAUAUGCAAAAGUUAAGCGAUAAAAGAAUAAAAUCCACAAAGCUGCAAGAAGUAAAAAGUUCCGCUCUCCGCAGUAAAAGCGCGCAAAUAAAAAUGACGCAAACAAAAUCAUAUUAAAUACAAUAAAAAAUUUUAAUUUCCCGGAAAUAAAAUUUAUAAAAGCUGAAAGUCACAACAGCAUGAGUGCAAACCGUUAAUAAAUGGUUCGGCUGCGGAUUUUCAGUUUUCGCGCGCUUAUUUUGUUGGCCGCUGCUCGCAAUUAAAAAUGGCUUAACACAGCAGCUAGCGCUUGCACGUGUGUGGGUGUGUGUGUUGGUGUUUAUCGAAUUUUCAUGUUCGCUGAGCGCGACCCGCUUAUUGUGUCUGCUGUUGUAAUUAUCGAAUAGUUUGUGACAUUUCGAAAAAGUUGUGAAUCACAGACACAAAGUGCUGCGAAAAGCAACAAAAAGUAAACAAAAAUAUAAAAUUACAAAAACAAAACUGCUGUGAAUGAAAAUGUGAAUGCACACAGUGAGAAAGGUGUAAAAACAAAAUAAAAAAAACUACACAAAUGUUGCUCAGCUGUAAUCAGUGUAAAAGUUUUUAGUUUCGCAAAAAAGAGACCAGCUGGAAGACACAUAUCUCCUCACUGACGAAGGAUAAAAAGAGCGCUGAGUGUUCAGUCGACUAUUCCCAUGCAAACUUCAUCACGAGGACACCGACUAACGGACAAACUACAACGAAAAUGCUGAUAUUGCUGCCGCUGUUGGGUGUGUUGUUCAACGGUCUCACAACAGCGCAUGUUGAGGCGAAUUUAAGCUUGGAAUUUAAGGCUACAAAGCUUUUGAGGCAACACAAUCCUGCUAACUGUACAGUUGGCAAUACAACAUAUGCACAUGGACAGACAUUUAAAUUGGAUUGUAAAACACAAUGUGUCUGUGAGAACGGACGUCAUGCCUGCUCGUCGCUCUGUCCGAAGGAGCAAUUGCCAGCGCCGGAGGACACGAUUUCCUGCAGAUCGCCUCGCCUGGUGGAGGUGCCGGGACACUGCUGCAAAAUGUGGCUGUGUGAGAAUCCCACAGCUGAUGUAUACGCCACCUGCCACAAUGCCUCGACCAGCCCGUGGACGCCGUGCUCGCAGCCCUGUGGCCUUGGCAUUUCGACGCGCUUCGCCAGCACGAACGCUGGCUGCCGGCAAUUGAGCAGCUUGCGAUUGUGUGAAAAUCGCAAAUGUGAUCAGGACAAUAACAAUGGCAACAUCAACAACAACAAAAACUAUUUACUACCGCCACAAGAGGCGCAGCAGUUGGUGCAAAAAGCCACAGCACAACAGCAGCAACAACAACUGCCGCCAAAGCAUGCGCACGCAGAGCAGCAACAGCAACAAAAACAAUUAAUUAGCCAUAAUGUGGCAAACAAUUUAGUUGUAAGUGAGCCUAAGGACAUUAAGGAUAUAACAGAUUACCAUGCCACAUUGUUCGCGGCGCAUGAGCAGCAUCGAAUACGCAAAGGACACGAGUGCCGCAGCUUACAGCGCCUCGGACCGGCACGCAUACGUUUGGGCGUUUGUAUUUCACGAAAGCUUUAUCGACCGAAGCUAUGUGGACUUUGUCAUCAGCAUUCUGGCAAAUGCUGUCGGCCAUCGGUCUCAACAACUAUACAGGUGGAACUGCUGUGUCCAUUGAACGCUGAGGAUCCCAUCAGCAUUGCCGAACAACAGCAGCCGCCGAAAGGGCGAGCGCCACUGCAACUCUGGGACACUGUGUCGCUGGAGCCAAUCGAUCAGGAAUUCCUGCAAUCACAUCAAAUACAAAUCGAAAAUAAAUUCAUUGCAGUCGAAUGGAUUCUAAAGUGCGAGUGCGGCAAAUAUGAAAAUUGCAACAACCUGCACAAAUACACGACAACAAUGCACAAUGGCACCAGCAAUAGCCACAAAAGCGCACAACAAGGCAGCAGCAGCAACAGAAAUACCGUUAAUAGCUGGCGCGCAAGUGCCACUCUUAGUGACCGCAAAAAUAAUAAAACUGUGGCGACAAAUAUUAUCAGUGAAACGGCACGCAAUAACAAUGACUAUGCGUACAACAGCAACAACAAUAAUGGCAAUAACAAGAGCAACAACAAGAAUAACAAUGCCAACAUAAGUGGCGGUGGCAAUAACAUGGGAAACAUGGCAAACAGCGACGAGCAAAACGUUGCGACGGACAAUGACAGUGAUAAUCGCUAUGUACAACAACAACAACAAGAGAAACUACAGCAACAAAAGAAACAGCAGGAAGAGGAAGAAACCCCCCAACAAGGGCAUUUAUUGUCCUCGUCGGGUGAACUGCAACCAGACAUUAUACCGUAUCCGGCCAUGUUGCCGCCACACCGCAGCAAUCCAGUGGAAAAAAGCGGCCAGAGAGACGAUGCGAACAAUAACAACAAUAGCAAUGACAUUAACAGCAACUAUGCAGAGGGACAGGGUGGGGAGGGCGGCAAUAUGGACACAAUUGACAGCAAGCGUGCGAAAAGUGAACUCAACAGCAACAACAAUGACAAUAUGCGAGGUGCGGAAAGUGUUGCUGGACCGAAUAAAAGUAAAGCUGUUGCCGGUUUUGGUUUUUAUAGCCGUGACGACGAUGGAAGCGACGAUAAUAGUGCCGUUAUUCAGAGUAAGCGCGUCGAAAAGCCGAACGAGCGCGAUGUAGAGCAACAGAACGCACUUCGAGAGGAGCAACAACAAGAAGAUCAACAACUGAUGCAGUGGAAGUUUGAGAAAAAUUUGCAUUAUCAGCGGCGGCAGUUUACAGUGCCAACAGAGCCAGACGCACAUUGGUCACCACAUUACACACAUCAUCACCACCAACCGAACCAUCGUCAGCAUCAUCACCAUCACCAUCACCAUCAGCAUCAACACCAACAUCAUCUGCACCAUCAGCAGCAUCAUCAACAGCAGGAGACGCAUUCGCAGCCCCAGCUGCAGCAACAUCUUUGGCUGGAACAGCUGGGCGAACAGCAGCACCAACAACAACAACCGGAGUUGCACGAGCUACGCCAACGCAGCACAUAACAACGCAGACGAGCACCACAAAUGCACCGUCAACGGUGGCCGCCACGCAAAGGACGCGGCAAGAGGAAAAAGGCCAACCAGGGAGCGAAACGACGCAGCCACAGCGGGACAAUAACGGCGAGGGAUGUAGCUGGUGGUGUGCUUACGAUGGGCACACAAGUGGGCACUUCAUAAAUAAAUUGCGGCGGCAAACUGAUAAACCGGUGUAAAAACAACAAAAUUAUGCGACGCGUUGCAAGCAAAAAGUGCUGGAGACUCUUUACAGCAGAUGAAUGAAAAAACAACAACAACAAAUAAGCAAUGAAAUAUGGGAGCGUUUGUAUGUGGGUGUGUAUGUGACACGAAUAUCGAACGAAAGGCACAUAAAGGACGAAGGGGCAACAAAAGCAGCAACAGCACGCACCAGCCAACAACCGGUGAGUUAGUAGAGUGCAUUGGCAGGAUAAAGCGAGCAAAGAACGCAUACCGACAGACAGACAGACUGUGAUACAGCGACGCACCGGCGGAUGAACACUCAAAGCGACCGGCAACAACCGUUGCAAUUUUCGCAUAUCACAAAGCAAAUAAAUUUUUAAUUUCCCGCGCCUCACCAAAAAAAUGUCAUGCAAUUUUUUUCGGAAAAAGUGUAAAAACCCAGUUGCAGCAACAAUAAUAACAAACAGUUUUGGAAAAGAGAGAGAAGUAAAACGAAAGGGAACAAGUUAUCGUGUAAAAGUUGUCGCAACAACGGACAGACAACACAACCGAACACCAAAGCAAAUAAAUUGACGAAAUCACAGAAAAAAGAGCGAGAAGUAAGCCGUGUGCUCAGCGUUAAGUUUACAUCUGUUCUUUGUCACCUCUUUUUCUGUUUUAAACUUUCAGUGUUUUAUGAAGUUCGUUUUGUGUUGUAGAACGACAUAUAUAUUUAUUAUAAAAAAAUUGUGGAAAGCGGGAAUUUCGGAGAUUACACAGCAAAUUGAUAGAGGGUUACCAAAAUAUCCAUAAGCCAAAAAGCCACAGUGUCGUUCUAGUGGUAAUAUUAAUGUCAUGAACACGGAUAUAAAUCUGACAUCUAUCAGCUCAGCACACAUUCCAUUUAGCGAACUAAAACAUCUGAAAUAAAAUCUAGUUCUAGGACUAUGCAACCCCGUCAGCAUCGAAUAUGUUGAGCAUAUCUUAAAUGAGUGAUGGAAUUAGUUUCCAUCUUAGACUUGUGAAUACUCAGCGAGUUUUGAGUUUUGGUAAAAAAUAUCACAAACUUUAGUCACCAACUUUUUCUUUCCACUUCCGUUUCCUUCUUACACAGUCUGUUAUUAUAUUCUUCAUUCGACCUCAAUAAGAAACAUAUCCUCCACCAAAAACAGAAACUUACAUAUCUUAACUGCUAACUGUGAGUUUUUUUAUACAAAUUACAUUUAUAGAAAAUUAUAUGUACUUUUUUCUUUUAACUUAUGAGUAAUAUUAUGGCAAUUUUCUUCCGCGUUAUACAUUGUGACAAAAAAAGAUUCCGGAAAUUGUAAAUAAAACACAAAAUAUUUAAUUAUUCAUCAUUAUUUACUUUUCUGCCCUAAACUUAAUCCCCACCAGAUGUAAUACGCUUAUGCCAACGAUUUUACCUUUCCCCGAACCACCUUCCAUAAGCACUUUUCAGGAUGGCUCUCUGCUCCUUUAGCAAACUUUGUUUUACAUCUUCGAUCGACUGAAGACGGAUUCAAUUCCGCAGAUUGUUGACUUGUUUACACGUCGAACUCAGAAACCCAUGUCUCAUCAGCAGUUUUAAUGCUCUCCAUGAACGUGAGAUUGGAAUUCGCACCAUCAAGCAUAUCCAAAGAGACCUGUUUACUGUACUCUUUUUGAAAAAAAUUCAGCUUUAUCGGCACGAGUCGAGCAAGAAUGCGUUUCAUACCCAAAACAUCCAACAAAAUCAUUCGAAUGAACUCGCGAGUGAUGUCGAGCUUCCUUGCCAUCUCUUUAACAUUUGCCAAACGAUUUUCAAGUAACAUAUCCUUUAUUUUUUAUUACUUUCAUCAAUUGAAGAGGUCAAAAGUUGUCCAGAGCGUGGCAUGACUUCAACGAUCUUUUGACCGUCUUUGAAGGUUUUGUACACCUCGUAGGUUUGUGUUUUUGAUAAAACUGAAUCACCGUAAGACCUUUCCAACAUUUGCAAGGUUUCCACAAUCGAAAUUUGGUUAGAAAUGCAAAAUUUGAGGUAAUUUCUUGGCUCGAUAUUUUUUUCCAUUGUAAAAAUUACAUC